AUGGAGAUGCGCACAGGCAGACGGGUGUGGGGGGGCUCUGGUUCUACUCUGAUGGGCCAGAAGGGACGCAGACAGACAGCAGCCGCCAACAAGGGACAGAUACUGGGGCCCAGAAGCAGCAGCCCGGUUACCAUGUAUGUGGAGCUGCCCUGCGUCAUAGAACAAGCGUUUUCAACAAUAGCAUGGAGUGAUUUAGAUGACUGUGCAUCAGUGAGGCAGGACAGAGACUCCCUGUGCUCUCAGGUGAAUGAAUCUGACGCAGAUGACCAUGACUUUAGAGAUUACGCACUGGACCUUCUACCAGAUUCUCCUGCCACACUGGAGAGCAGCCUGUCUCCAGCUGAACUUGUACCUUUCCAAGGCUGCGUUAUCCCUCCUCUGACCCCGCAGAGGGACUUCUCUCCAGAGGACAGUGUGGUGAACUCAUGCACAGAGGAAUGCAACACACCUGUGCAGGAUGGAACCCAGUGGAGGAGCAUCACCCAGCAUGACAGCAGCAUGUUGGGAUGUGCUCUACAAGUCAAUAAUCAGCUUCACCAGACUCUUCACAGAAAACAGGAGGAGAUUGACUCACUUCAAGAAAGAAACCAUCACCUCCAGCAGCUAGCCAGUCGGGCAAAACACUUGGCUUCAGUGCUUGAGAGGCUAAUGACUGUCAGCGAUCCACACACCGCAGAACCAGCCACACCAUGUACCCAUGAGCCCUCACUGAGUCCCUGUAAAAGGCAGCGACUGGACGAGGGAUAUGAAACUGAGUCAUGUGACUCAGUGGAGGAGAUGCUGAGGGACAUUAGCACACGCUGCAACGCCGUCCUCCACAGCGCCGCCACUGGCACGAGGCUGGAACAACACUCAGACACUGUGCGCAUGUUCGGUGUGUUCUCAGGCCUACAGACCUCUUUCUUAAAUGAGUCCAGUAUGACGACAGACGGUCCAGAAGCCGGAGACAGCGGGUCAUCCUUCAGAACUUCUAUCAGAGAACACUGCACCAUAAGGACUCAGGUGUUUCCUCAUGGACACGCCUUCACGUCCAGGACUCAGCAGGGAGGACACCGCUUCCGCUGGGUUCCCAAUCACAGCUGA